CGUUUCGGAGACGCGGCGCGAAGGAGUUAAACGCGCCCGGGGGUGACAUCACCUCAUUUACAUAGGAGCGCGCAUAUAGCGGCGCCCGCCGCGCCCCGCCCGGCAUUCGGCGGCGACCACUGCACGGAUCCGACUUUGCUCGCUCGCAGCUCGCUCCGCUUCCUCUGCAACCAUGUCUGACAAACCCGAUAUGGCUGAGAUUGAGAAAUUCGAUAAGUCGAAAUUGAAGAAAACAGAAACGCAAGAGAAAAAUCCACUGCCUUCAAAAGAAACGAUUGAACAGGAGAAGCAAGCAGGCGAGUCGUAAUGAGGCGUGCGCCGCCAAUAUGCACUGUACAUUCCACAAGCAUUGCCUUCUUAUUUUACUUCUUUUAGCUGUUUAACUUUGUAAGAUGCAAAGAGGUUGGAUCAAGUUUAAAUGACUGUGCUGCCCCUUUUCACAUCAAAGAAUGGAGAACUACUGACAACGAAGGCCGCGCCUGCCUCUCUCCAUCCGCCUGUCUGGCUGGCAGGGAAGGAAAAGAACUUGCAUGUUGGUGAAGGAGGAAGCUGGGUGGGACGACAGUGAAAUCUAGAGUAAAAGCAAGCUGGUCCAAGGAGUCCUGCGGGCUGUAAAAUGCAGUUUAAUCAGAGUGCCAUUUUUUUUUUGUUCAAAUGAUUUUAAUUAUUGGAAUGCACAAUUUUUUUAAUAUGCAAAUAAAAAGUUUUAAAACCUG